ACAUCACGUUUUUGGUGGGGUUAAAAAUGUCAAGGGUAUGAACUCAGAGGUCCCUAUAGACAGAUUCUCGGGUAUUAUAUCGGAGUGUGAUGUUCACAAAAUAAUUAUCGUAUGCGUCGUGUGUCUCAUAGAGCGCGUUGCGUCAACGUAUCGAGGAAGUCCAAUCAGAACUACCUGGACUGACCAGGACGGUCGACGCGCCACGCUGUAUGACACCCGAAAUGCUCAGAAUAGUGAGAGACGUUAUCCAAUAUUGUUGCUUAUAAGUUAAUAAACGAAAAAUAAUUAUUAAGGAACAUGCCAGUUUUUCAAGAAUCAUGUGCUGAACAAAUUCAAGCCCAGACAAUAAUUAUAAUCCAUCCCGGAUCUAUGUAUCUUCGAAUGGGACGAGCAUCAGAUUUAAAUCCUUUCACGUUGUUAAACGCAGUGGCCAGACGGAGGUUACCUGGAGGUACUGUGCACCGAGAUUCGUUUCUUCCAAAUCUUGUGCCUAAAACUAAGGAACUGACACAAGCGAUGGAAGAAUCACGCCUUCAAGUAUCGCAUACUUUGCAAUCCUGUUUGCAAUCCGAUGGUCGAAGACGGUAUGCUACACCUCCGCAACAAAUUGCAGCGUUUAAUCGUAGAUCAAAUCCAGAGGUAUUAUCCCCACCCAGCGGGGAGUGGAUUACAAGGGAUCAAGAGGUGAUCAUUGGAGAUGACAUUCUGUCUUUAAAUCCAGAAGAAGACUAUAACAUCCAUUUUCCUUAUAAAAGAGGGGAUUUAAAUAUACAUUCUGGUGCUGGUGGCAGCUUGCGAGCCGUCCUUGCAGAUCUGAAAACAAUUUGGGAAUAUGUAUUGACAAAUAAAAUGGAUAUUCCGUUACGUGACUUGCGACAUUAUCGUGCAGUACUCAUCAUACCUGAUAUAUAUAACAGACUAUACCUGAAAGAACUGACAACGUUAAUGUUGUGUGAUAUAGGUUUUGGAGGAUGUUUUCUAUUACAGGAUCACGUUGCAGCUACAUUUGGCGCUGGCUUAGGUUAUGCAUGUGUAGUCGAUGUAGGGGACCAAAAAACGUCAGUAUCUUGCGUGGAAGAUGGUAUUUCUCAUAGAAACACACGAGUACGCAUGGAUUAUGGAGGCGGUGACAUUACUCAAACCUUCUUUUGGCUACUUCAGAAGUGUGCGUUUCCUUAUAAAGCUUGUGACCCUUCUGACAAAUUAGAUGCUCUACUUUUGGGCCAAUUGAAGAAAGACUUUUGUCACGUUGACUUAAAUGUUUGUGGCUCACAAGAGAAAACGUUUAUUGUAAAGAAACCUAAAACAUCAACACAGAAAUUCACCCUUCAGGUUGGUGAUGAAUGCAUAGUUGCACCAUUGAGUCUAUUUCAACCAGAAUUAUUUAAAGUAACUGGAACGCACAAUGUUCAUACUCAAAAGCGCUCGAUGGGAGAUUCUGAAGAUCCUCACGAUGAAAACUAUUUACGCGAGACAAGUCGAAGAGGUAUGAAAGAAAACUUGGAGCAAACUUUGGAAAUGCAAGAAGAGGUAGUUACCCCAGCGGUUGCUGGAGAGGAAGAAGUGGUAGUCGAUGCAGUUGAUUCUGCUCCCAUCACGUUAUCAAAUCGUGAUCUUGAUGCACCGCGAGAUUUCGUUGUCGGUCCUCAACAAUUGCUUGGACUAGAUCAUGCCGUGUUACAAAGUAUUGAUCGAUGUCCAACCGAGGAUUUAAAACGAAAAAUGUACAGCUGUGUAUUGGUUGUGGGAUCAGGAAUGAAAUUUGAAGGCAUCGGUAUGUGGCUUCACAAUAGGAUAUCCCUUCAAAUUCCUUAUAUGUAUCGAGCCGAACAAUUGGAUAUAAUAACACAUCCAAAAGAAAUGGAUCCAGGAAUGACAGCAUGGAAGGGUGCUGCAAUUUUAAGUUGUUUAGAAUCCGCUCAAGAAUUAUGGAUUGGACGCCAAGAAUGGGAAAGAAUUGGAGUUAGGAUAUUACGAGAAAGAGCACCAUUUAUGUGGUAAUUAAUUUUGUACAUUCCAAGGUAUCCUCAAUCGAGAAAUGCACUCUUGCAUGUAUAUUUUCUAGUAUGAAUAAAUUAGCACUGAUACUUCUUUAUUACAUUGAAAAAAAAAUAACAUUAAAUUAACAAUUAAUAGUUUGUGUUCAGCGGUUAAUUUAUUCCUCUAAGUAAAUUAAAUUUAGGUAUACUUUCAGGUAGAAAUGUAUGAUAAAUAAAUAGAUUGUUAGCACAUUCUUUUAAAGUA